AUGAGUCUGGUGAUAAGUUCACUGGCAGCAGCGGGCUUAUUGUCUCCCACUCCAGAGACGCAGCAGAAGCAAGGAGCCAACACCAUCGUCAAAGAAGGCCACAGAGUUGUGGUGGUUGAAUACGACCAAGAUGGCCAUCACAACACCAAAAUCUCAAUCUCCCCAGAGCAACCCUCACAUCACCAUCACCAUCACGACAAUCAGGUUCUAGACAACGCCAAAGAUAAGAUCAAGGAGGCUGCCUCGGUUCUCCCUAACUUGGGUGGCAUUUCACAACCGCAAGAUGCGGCAUUUCUGCAUGCCCCUAAAGAGCUCAUUUGCGAUGCCUAUGGAAAAUGCAAGCACAAGAUCGUGGAUGCAAUGGAGAAGACCAAGGAUAAGGCUCAAGAGGCCCUCGAGAAGAAGAAGGAGGAGAUUUCUGCCAAAAAGGAGGCAGCACGGCAAGUGGGUGAUACUGUUGCCAAUGCACUUGGAAAAACAAAAGAAAGUGUGUAUGACAAAGCCCGUGAUGUGCAUGAUUACGCCCAGGACACUGUAGAAACAGCAAAGGACCACGUGGCUAAUAACGUCUCAGACGCCUGGGAUUCUUUGCGCCACCUCAAACAUGCAUUAAAAAGCAGUGUAGGAUCCUUGGAGAGCCUGAAUUCGUUGAUGGGGGUAGCCAAUUUGUUGGGGUUUGCCACGGCUUAUGGGAUGUGUGUGUGGGUUACGUUUAUCUCCAGCUAUGUGCAGUCGAGGGCCAUGCCAAGGCAUCAGUUUGCAGUGGUGCAGAGUAAAAUCUACCCCGUUUAUUUCAGGGCCAUGGCUUAUAGCAUUGGGGUGGCUCUGUUUGGCCAUGUCUUGGGAAAUACAAACACUCUGCUCUCCAACAAGCCUCACAGACUGCAAGCAUAUAACCUUCUUGCCUCGCUUGCCACUGUUUUCUUCAACUCUCUUUACUUGGAGCCUCGGGCCACCAAGUUGAUGUUCGAAAGGAUAAAGAUAGAAAAAGAGGAAGGAAGAGGCAGAGAAGAUGUGAGUGGUGAACGUGGCAGAACGGGAGUUGGAGAGCAUCAACGCACAGCUGAUCCUAAAGAGCCUUCCACCAGCGCAGAUCAGGAUGCAGUGAGAUCAAGGAUAAUCAAACUCAAUGACAAGCUCAAGAAAUUGAAUUCCUAUUCCUCUCUCCUAAACAUCCUCAAUCUAAUGUCUCUGACAUGGCAUCUAGUUUAUUUGGCUCAACGCCUUCACCGCACUUGCUAA